UUUUUUAAUCAAAGUUGAAAACGGGAAACAGCGACCCAUGACGGCGUGAGGUAAACAAAUGGGCGAUUCCAUGGUGGCGCGAGCGAGUCAGCUGGGCUGCUGUCAAAGUGCAUUGUUUUCGUGUGGCGAGCAAAGAGUGCAUUUUCAUCGACCCCAUUUGCAUGCAUUUUUCCAUGGCAAAUUGAUAAUGAGUGGGAAAAGAGACGCAGUGAGAGUUGUGAAAAGUGCUUCGGCCGCAGCCAAUCACCUCUGAAGACGAUAGACAACAUGGAAGAGUCCGAACAGUCAACUUUCUCUUGCUAGGACAACAUUGAUAGUGUUCCCCACUCAUUUUGCGGCACUUUGCUAUCGUGUCCAGUGCUAAUUUUGGCAUUCGUCAGCUCUCUGGGGCGUGUGGAAGAUAAACGCGAGCCCUCCCUGUAUCAGAUCAAUAGCAGCGCCCAUAAAAACAGAGUUGUGAUAAUGCGAAUCGUGGCCUCAGUUCGCAACACUGUUUCCCAUUCGUUCGUCGCUGCUCUCCGGCCUCUUUUGGGCUCUCUGACGGCCUCUGGGGCCGCUAUGGUGUGAUCUCAAUCCCAUCGACUGACUCCCGAGGGUGCGACGCAAUAGAAUCUGUGGAUUAUCCGUUCGUCAAUCGGCUGGGCAAAGCAACGUGAGCGCCAAAAUGCAGCAGACCACGAGAACGGAAAUGCGUCCGGUGAAGUAUCACUAUGCGGACUCCUUUCUCUGCACCUACGUCGUCUCCGUGAUAGCGGCGAACAUGGCGGAAUUAGUGACCUAUCCCCUGGAUUUGACUAAGACGCGCCUCCAGAUCCAGGGCGAGGCGACGGCGAGCGUGAAGGUGGACGGCAUGAUCUCCCGGACGCAGCAUCGUGGCAUGCUGGCCACUGCGCUGGGCAUUGCGCGCGAGGAGGGCGCGCUGAAGCUGUGGCAGGGCGUCACACCGGCGCUCUAUCGGCACGUGGUGUACAGUGGGGUGCGCAUCGUGACGUAUGACACACUGCGGAAGAGCAUGAUGACGGCGAGUCAUGAGAACGCAAGUUUGCCGAUACACAAGUCAGCCCUGUGCGGUGUCACGGCCGGCGCUCUGGCGCAGUGGAUGGCGUCGCCGGCGGAUUUGGUGAAGGUGCAGUGCCAGAUGGAGGGCAAGAGGCGACUGAUGGGCCUGGAGCCGCGCGUCCACAGUGCCGCGCAUGCAUUCAGAGAGAUCGUGAAGCGCGGCGGCGUGCGAGGGCUAUGGAAGGGCAGCGUGCCCAAUGUUCAGCGUGCGGCUCUGGUGAAUCUGGGCGAUCUCACCACGUAUGACACGGUGAAGAGGACGAUCAUGCGACGCACGGGACUGCCAGACUGCCACAUCGUGCACGUAGCGUCGUCUGUGUGCGCUGGUCUCGUGGCGGCAACGAUGGGCACGCCGGCGGAUGUUGUGAAGACGCGAAUUAUGAACCAGCCGGUGGAUAGCACGGGACGUGGUCUUCUCUACAAGGGCAGCGUGGAUUGCCUGAUGAAGACAGUGUCCAAGGAGGGAUUCUUCGCGCUGUACAAAGGCUUCCUGCCCGUGUGGAUUCGCAUGGCGCCGUGGUCGCUCACCUUCUGGCUCUCCUUCGAGCAGAUCCGCUCAAUGCUCGGCAUUGGCGGUUAUUGAAGAUCUUCACGAGGCACCUCAAUUGAUUCUGCGUUACCCAAUAGAAUUACCAUUUUACUUCCCUUUUAGUUUUAAAGCCGUUUUCUCUAUAAUCGUGGACACAAAAUGAACUCAGGCCAAUGUUUUCGAUUUUACACGUUAAUCCAGAAUCGAGUAGAAUUUAUGCCAUAUAAUGUCUUUUAGCCGUUUUUAUCCAACAGAAAUUCUCAGGAGAUUCAGUUUAUAUGGCAAUCAAGAGGUACUACGUAGUAACAAUAGUUUUAGCGAAGGAAAUUAGCAAACAAUUUCUGUAACCAUUUGACUUAUCACCACAAAGAGAUCAUUGAUGAGAAGAAAUAUAUUUUCUUACUUAAGUUUCAAAGGGUUUUAUUGGGCGAUAUUUUCUUAUACAAUAAUAAACUGCCUUGUUAAUGAUUUUAUGUACUUCCACCAUCUUCAAUGGUUGCAACUAAUGGAAAAUAGCACCAAAUAGAAGUUCUGGACUGCUUUGCAUUUCUUAUUUGCUCAAUUUGACUUUCAUCAAUAUCAGAGUUAAGCGAUAAGGCGAUGUGUCGUAGAGUGGAUGAUCUCUUUGUGAGACACUAAUCAUAUAAUCAUAGCUGUGAUUUUGUUGUAAUCAAUAAAUAGAGAUUAGACUAGAAGCAGGUCUGAUGGCAUUUUUCAUGGAAUUUUAGAGUGCAAUUAACGUGUAUAGCUUAGAGGAGUUUAGAUUUGAUUGAUGUUUAACAAUUUGCAGGGAGCAAAACUUGUAUAGUUUAUAGACUUUCUUCGCAACCCGAUUUGCAAACAUAAAUUGUACACUCUCUUGUACAUAUUGUAUAUGAUAUUUGUAUAAUAAAAUAGAGAGAGAUCGAUGCAAAUCACAA